AUGGAGUUUGCCAACCUCUCUCUCAUCUAUGUCAUCGGGGCCCCUGGAUCAGGCAAAGGCUCCUUAUGUGCCAAGCUGGCCACCGACUACGGACUGCAUCACCUCUCGGUCGGUGAUCUUUUGAGGGACCUCGCGAAGUCCGGCUCAUUGCAUGAAGAGGCUAUGAGUAACAUUCAGAGAAACGUGCUCAUUCACACAAACGAUCUCUCGCGUAUUCUGGCAAGCGCCAAGGAGGACCUAAGGAGGGCUGGCAAAGAGAAGCUGUUGGUUGACGGGGUCCCGCGCAAUCUCGAUCAAGCAGGGCCAGUCGAGGAGGCGAUCGGCCCACCUGAUUUGGUGCUUUUCUUCGAUUGUCCCGGAGAGAUCGCCAAACAGAGGUUCCUAACCAGGAGGAUUCCUGGGAGGAACGAUGACGGGCCGACUUUUGACGCUCGGUAUCGACACUACGUUUCCCAGAACGCCAUGAUUGUCGAUCAUUACGACAGUAGAGGCCUGUUGCUUAAGGUAGACACGGGCGGCGAUAUUGACAGCUCGUAUGCCAAACUGCUGCAGGGACUCUCGUUAAAGGAGCAGCUUUAG